GUCCAAUGGAUAAUCUGUUAGAGGAAUUUAUCAAAGCUAGUGGCACUCUCCAAUAUCUUCGUAUAGAAGGAGAUAAGCGUGGACGCAUUGACAGGAUAUUUCCUGCAAUUACGCUUAAUUCUCGCAAUCUCCGUGCGAUCAAUUUGCGUAAUUUUGAUAUAAAAAGUCUGCCUAUCUUAAUGCAAUUAAAUCCGAAUCUUUAUCAUCUGGAGGUAUAUACCAAAAAUUUAGAUGAUACAUUUUUUAAUAUGCUGGCAAGAGAGCUUUUACCUACAAUUAAAUCUCUCAGACUGGUCCUUCAAAAAGGUGAUACGUUAGAAAUGUCGGAAGAGUCAUUUAUUCACUUUUUGGAGGUUACCCAUCAAAACUUGAAAUAUCUUUCUCUUCAUCCGCUUGCUUUCAAAAAAUCUCAUAGGAAGUUGAUCAUGAGUUAUGGCAUCAAACUAGCAGCGUCAUGGAAUCAUAGUAUGUAA